AUGAGCUCCACCGAAGUCCCCACUGGCAACGCAAUGGACAACUCCUACCAAUCCCGCACCGGCCAAUCCGAAAUCCCCGUCCUCAAGGACGAAGCCCCCAUUGAAUCCACCGAGUACGACAACGGCGGUGAUUCUGACCAGCAGCUCGAGCGCGACGAAAAGGAAGCCAUCGACCGCGACAACAUUAUCAGCGAGCGCACUCGUGGCGCGGCAAAGAAGCCUGGUGCAUAUGCCGAGCCGGGCGAUGAGGAAGGGCUUGGGGAUGCGGCGGAUGGUAUCGAUGGGACUUCUUCUGUGAGGUAG